GCUUCAUAUAGCGCCGGACCAUUGUUGUAAAUUCUGAUAUUGUCUGCUUGACAUACCAUACCUGCCAUGCAAAUGUGCAAGGAAAUCAAUGUGAGCAUUAACACAAGAGCCCAUUCAAAGUGGUUCAAAGAGAUCCCUCGUCUUGGUUCCAUAGAGGGGUUUCAAAUGGUGUCUUGGAUAUAACGGAUAGGAUGUUUGAAGAUUAAGCACAACUCCCUGUAGCCCCUUACGGACGGAACCAGUUAUCAAUCUACUACAAUGCUGCACUUCAAGAAUGUAUUGAGCUUGGAGGAUGAUAAUGGGUUCUUGGCAUCAACAGAGAGUCAACUGGCGGGUGCGGUUAAUCAUCAAUCCCGAGAAAAAUCUGAAACUUCGGUCACCACCGACAUGAAAUCAUCGACCCAGAUUGCUACAUAAACAACCAUACCAUGGAUCCAGAAAUCCGGGAUAUGUUUGAGGCCCAUAAGUACUGCCCUAUAUGUGGGGUGGUUCUUCUGUGCGAAGACCUGGAAGAAGCCCCCGACACUCGGCGCCCAUGGUACGCCGAAGUACGUGCUGCGGCCAGAGAGGACUACUGUGACAAUUUCAUCACGGGUGUAGGUUUUCUUGACCCCCGUGAGAAUCUUGUUGCUCCAUUAGACGAAGAAUUGGACUACCUGAACGCUUUGGAGCUGGAAGAUGUGGAAUUACUGCGAAUGGAAUCACAUUUGCACGGCUUUGGUCUCCAUGAUUCAUGCUGGAUGCUACUGCAGGAUCGUUUAUGGCAUACAAUUGACUCGGAGGCAAUUGCCCAGUCUCUGUAUAAUCAGUUUAGCUGCACCCCAUCACCACUCCGAUCUAGUCUCUCUUUCGGUCAUGAUUAUGGGGGUGCUGAACGUUGGCAAAGAGCGUAUGACGACGUGCCCAUGCCGGAGGACAUGCCACUGCUUUUGAAAGCGGAUCCAUACGCUAUUCCACUACUGGAGAAGCUGGAGGAGAGCGCACCGGAUGUGGGUGGCGGACGGGAAUACAACUUGGAGUAUCCUACGUCGUCUACCGAUAUCAAUACCGGAUACCUUAACUCCUUUGGCCGAAUGUCUCUAGAACUGUUUCAUGAAGUUGUAUCGUACUUGUCGGUCCCUGAGCUCCUGAACUUAAAGUGUACAUGCCGAGAGCUUGCACAGCGCGUGUUAUUCUCCAGCCUACCACAAUCCUUCUGGAAGAGGCAGUUUGCUCGAGGCAACGACAUGGAUUUCCUCUUCCCUGAUCUGGAACAAAAACGGGAUUGGUACCGUUUAUAUCGCGGCACAGCUUCUAUCCUUCAGACCAACGAUCAAUCACCCGAAAGACUCUCCCUGCUGAACCGCAAGAGAAUCCGUGUGCUCCUGGAACCAAUAGCAUGUGUAGUAGAAGCAGACAUCAGACGAUCGAACGAGCCUCGUGGCCGUCGGGCUAACUGUCUGGAGUUCAGGCCUGGGAAUUGGCUGGUAUCAGAGGGGUUGACCCAAUGGCGUGCGGAAAACAUCUACACGGCAUACAUCAGCGUGGAAUUGGAAAUUCUUCCACAUGGAUGCCGCGUACCUCGCUACCGGCUUAGCGCGUUCCCACAUACCAUGUUGCAUGGUGGAGAAAUCAAAAUAUCAACCGUACAACUAGGGGCACGGGUGUUCAUUUCUGGCAUCAGUCAUCAUUCUCCAGAUGCACAAGUGACAACAGAACAGGCCGUCGGAUAUGGGGACUUGACCGACGAGAUAACGAUCAAUGUGUCUCCCGGGAGCACAUUCAAUCAAAUCGAAGUUGCCUUUUGCCCAGAAGGUCUUCGGGGGAUACGCUUUCAUUUCGGCGGAAACACUCUAUCCGACUGGGUUGGGGAUUCGAGUGAUGAGAACAUGAGCCAUGGCGUCCUGCAAAUCCCUCAUUCGGCCAGCGGGAUAUAUCAUAUCCUUGCUGGUACAGAUCCAUAUAAACUAACCGCUAUUGGAACCAUUCAUGACGAAGCACGGACUGACACGUCUGAUAGUCCCUUUUGGCAGGAUUAUCCUCUCGAUCUCACCUUGCCUGAUUCAUAUUUGUGGCAAUAUAAACUAUCCAGCUAUGACAAUCUACGGAUUUAUCAGUUCCAGCCGGACAACGCAGGGAUACCCUAUCGUCCAUUGCUGAAUAUCGACUUCGGAGGGCCCGAUGGCAAGUGGCUUGAUUCACUUAUCAGCAUGGAGGUACAUGUUUCAUCUGAGUUCUCUCCGAUCCUUGGAAUGACAUUCAACUACACUGAUAAGACCUUGCGCUUUGGUACAUGUACCUCUGGCGAGGCAUUAACAUUUUCGGUUGAUGGGCCAGGGGGUGAACGCAUCAUCGACGUCGUAGGGAGGACAACUGGUCCUAGCGACUCCAGCACUAUUUACGGCUUAAGGGUCACUACAAACCUGAAUCGAGAAAUGGAGUUCCACCCUGGCAAACUACGCGACGGCUCCAGUAGCCCAGGUGUGCUCUCGGCAGAUAGCCGAUUCCUUGAUGAGCGUCCUCAAGGAAGCGUUAUUACUGGAUUUGUGGCCACACAGCGCUGGGGCGAGGAGCACUUUAUAGAGCUUGGUAUACAAGUUCAAUUGCUGGAUGAGUCGGAUGAAAGCAGGGGUGCAUGAUAGCCUUACUGAGAUGUGGGUCUAGCUGAUUGUAUACAACUACAGUGUAAAACUAUAUGUCUGUUGGCGCACUGUGAAACCAUGGCCUAUGUAUAGGAGCUGGCCAAUGAAUAGUUGUCCACCGAGCCAGGCAAACAUGUGAACGUUGGCUUAGGCAAGAAGGCUGUGGCAGGUGUAAUAAGAUAUUCAAGAAAUGUCCCUGCUUCCCUCAGGCAGGAAUUCAAACACUCUAGCUCGAUCAUCGGUCAAUUCCCUGCGAUCAGAAAAGAUAUAGGCAUGGCAGUGUAUCUCUAUCGACAACAGACGUACCUCACUAUAGUUGAGUAGAUAGAUGGCCAU